AUGUUCUUCAAGACUGCUGUCAUUGCUGCUCUCCUCCCUUCGGCCUUUGCCAAGGGUAAGGGUCCUGACAAGGAUGGAAAAUACUGGCUCUCUGGAGACGGUAUCAAGGCUGCCUUUAUCCCUUACGGCGCCUCCAUCACCAACCUUUUGAUCGAUGAUCAGUACGGUAUCUCUCGAGAUAUCGUUGCUGGUUUCGACAACGCCACUCACUACAGCAUCGACGAGGCUCAUCCCCAUCUUGGUGGUGUUCCUGGACGAUACGCCAACCGUAUCCGAAACAGCACUUUUGAGAUUGACGGCAAGGACUACCACGUUGAGCCUAACGACAACCCUACUGAGGAGUCUCCCAAGGGCGCUGAUACUCUUCACGGUGGACCUGAUGGUUGGGAUUACCGCAACUUCACUGUUGUGUCCUACACCGACUCGAGCAUCACCUUCUCCAUCGUCGACCCCGAUGGCAAGGAGGGUUUCCCCGGUGAGGUUGUGUCAUACGUGACAUACACUCUCGAGGGAAUGGACUGGGAUAUCAAGAUUGUUGCUCUUGCCACCACCAAGAAGACUCCCAUCAUGUUGACUUCCCACACCUACUGGAACCUCGACGGUUUCGCCAACAACGAGACAAACACUGUCGCCAACCACUCUCUUCACAUGCCCUACAGUGGCCAGCGUGUUGACGUUGACAACAUCCUCAUUCCUACUGGUGACAUCAUUGCCAACAAGAAGGGAUCCGUCCAUGAUUUCUGGAGCAAGCCCAAGAUGAUUGGCGACCAGGAUAACAACGAGGACCUGAAGAACCAAUGUGGUUUCAACUGCACCGGUUAUGACAACUGCUACACCGUCAACCGUGGCCAACUCGGCAACUACAACUGGCGCACCGAGGGUCCCGUCGCUACCCUCGCUUCUUCUUGGUCCGGUAUCCAGGUCGACAUCUACUCUGACCAAGAUGCCUUCCAGUUCUACAGCUGCACACAGCAGAAGGGUGAUUUCCCUCUCAAGCGCACCCAGGGUCUUGAAGACAACGAGGACUUCCCCCGAACUAUUCCCAAGUACGGAUGUGUCGUUCUUGAAGUUCAGGACUACAUUGACGGAAUUAACCACCCUGAGUGGAUGCGCGACGAGAAGCAAUUCUUUGAGCCUGGUGGCAACCCUUACGUUCUCCAGGCCAAAUACACUUUCAGCCUGAAGGGUGCUGAGGAAUAG